CCACUCACACUCACUCACAAAAUCAGAUACAUAUACACAAACCUAUACAUACAUAUAAAAAUAAAAAUAAAAAUAAAAAUACAUAGAUGUAUAGUAAGUGAGUUUUUGUGUGAAGCAAAUGAAAUGAGAGAAGAAGGAAUAAGCUCGUCGUCGGCAGACCCAAUUCUGUUCCGCAAUUCUCCCCCCACUCCCGCUGCCAGUUCUGCGGGGGCAUCAUCACCUGCUAUUGCCACUAAUGCUGGCAGCACAAAUUGGUUGGGUCAUGGGAAGGGGUCAAAAGUAGGUUCUCUAUCUCGAAUGGGUUCACAACCAAUGUGGAUUUCUGUGAGUACUAGUGUCGGUGGUUCAGCUCAUGGCUCAUCUCAGUCUUCAUGUAGACCUUGGGAAAGGGGUGAUCUUCUAAGGCGAUUGUCUACAUUUAAGCCUGCUAAUUGGUUCGGGAAGCCUAAGGCUGCUGGUUCGCUUGCCUGUGCAAGAAGAGGAUGGGUAAAUGCAGAUAUUGAUAAAAUUGAAUGCGAGUCGUGUGGAGCCACCCUCAAGUAUGUUGCACCAGAGUCAUGGACUCCCAUAGAAGGUGAUAAUGUCGGAGAAGAAUCUGCUAAUCAGCUUGACGAAGGACACAAAGUCAGUUGCCCUUGGAGGGGAAACAGCUGUGCUGAAAGCUUGGUGCAGUUCCCUCCUACUCCUCCAUCAGCACUAAUAGGCGGUUAUAAAGACCGUUGUGACGGAUUGUUUCAAUUUCUCUUUCUUCCGGUUGUGUCUGCUUCAACCGUUGAACAGAUGAGAGUCUCUAGAGGCCCAGAAAUUGACCGGUUUCUGAUUCAGUCAUAUACUUUUGCCACUGGGGAAUCUGGGUAUAAGGCAGACAUUGCAACCAGUUCGGAGAUAAACAGAGAAGAAGUGCUAUGCGUAUAUUCACGAGCCCAGAAAUUGAUUAGCCUUUGUGGAUGGGAGCCAAUAUGGCUUCCAAAUGUUCAAGACUGUGAAGAGAAUUCUGCUCAAUCAGCUAGAAAUGGCUGUUCUUUCAGUCCCAUUAGAGAUUAUGCCACUCCAGAAGCUCGACUUCCUAACAAAAAAGCAUUAUCUGCUUCAACUAAAAAAGGUCCCGUAAAGAUUGAACAAUUACCGAGAUCUCCUUUGCUCGACUGUAGUUUAUGUGGGGCCACGGUCAGAAUUUUGGACUUCUUGACAGUUAAUCGUCCUGCUCGUUUUGCUCCUAAUAUUAAUGAUGUUCCCGAAACAAGCAAAAAAAUGGCCCUAACUCGCGGAGCAAGUGCAGCCAGUGGAAUUAAUGGAUGGGGUGCCACUGAUGGCAUGGAGAAAGACCAAAAUGAUCUUGAUGAAGCAGCAACCACAGGGGAGGGAAAAUCGAUGUCAAAUAUGGGGGUAGAUUUAGAUCUUACAAUGGGCGGUGGAUUUUCUGGUGGAAAUAUUCUUAAAAGUGCGAUGCAUGUACAAUACCAAGAUGCAAAUAUAGGGAAAGAUCUUGUUAUCGGGCAGCCUGCCAGUAGUGAAGUUGGUGACCGGGCAGUAUCGUAUGAGUCCCGAGGUCCCAGUACCCGGAAGCGGAACUUGGAUGAAGGUGGGAGCACAGUUGACAGGCCACCACACGUUAUGAUGCAAGCAGAUAGUGUUGAAGGUGUUGUCAUUGACCGUGAUGGAGAUGAAGUGAAUGAUAGCAAACAGUCAUCUGGUCCUUCUAAUUCUAAACGUCCUUGUGAGCGUGAGUCUCAAGUUUUUGAAUCACGUAGAAGAGAUUCAUCUGGUGCAGGUCCGAGCCAGACUUUAUAUUUUGAUAUUGAACGAGAUGCUCCAUUUCAUCCAUCCACCUUAGAUUCAGCGCGCGCUUCCUCUGUUAUUGCAAUGGAUACUAUUUAUAAUGGGGAAGAUGAUGAUUCAAUGGAAAGCGUUGAAAAUCAUCCUGUAGAUGUCGAUGAGACCAAUUAUCCAUCUGUGUCAGCAUUCAAGAGUCCUGAUCUAAAUGAGGUGUCUGAUUUGAACUUUAGUAAUCAAGCUCAACAGAGUAUCUGUCCUGCUUCGGUUCGGGCCCCUGGUGAGGCUGGGCUUAGCAGUACCAAUGAUGAUGAAGUAUUAAAUACUGAUACCACCACCGGUCAACGGAGGGAGGGACUUAGUCUUGCUAUCAGUGGAGGAAGUGUUGGAAUGGUUGCUAGUCAUGAAGCUGAGAUCCAUGGGGCUGAUGUUUCAGUUCAUAGGACAGAAAGUGUUGUUGGGGACAUGGAGCCAGUGGCUGAAGUGACGGAAAACCAAGGACAAAAUAGUGAAUUUGCUGCAGAUCCUGGGGUGAUGGGUGAUUUUGUUCCAGAAGAAAUGGAUCAAGAUUUGUUGUCGAGGUCAGUAGGAAGAGAGGACAGUGGGUCAAAAGUUGUGGGUUCAGCUAAGGCAGAAUCUGUUGAAAGUGGUGAGAAGACUAGUAACAUGAACAUGUUGGCCAAUGUGCACAGUACCAACCCAUCUUUAUCUUGCAAUGCGGUUUUAUGUUCUGGCAUUGAAGUAUCCAAGGAUGAGGUGACACAGGCAGGGAAGUCAUCUCCUACUGGUGAAUGUGGAUUCACAAGUUAUCCAGUUGCCAAUGGGAUAGAUCCACCAAAGGGUGAAAGUAAUUUUGAAGACCUGGUGGAAUUUGAUCCAAUCAAGCAUCAUAACUUUUUCUGUCCUUGGGUAAAUGGGAAUGUUGCUGCUGCUGGUGUUAGCAAAAGUGAUGGCUCCAGUUCCAGUGCUGCUGUUUUAGCUCUUUGUGGCUGGCAGCUGACCGUAGAUGCUUUGGAUGGCUUCCAAACUCUUGAUGCAAAUCAAACCGUUGAAUCCGAAUCUGCUGCUUCGUUGUUUAAGGAUGAACGUCAACUUUCUGGUCAAAAGCACAUGUCGCGACACUCUGUCAGCAGAAGCCGUGGGCAGAAUUGAAAUCAUCACCGUUCAAUUUGCAUUGCAGUAUGCUUGUUUCCUGUGGUCUCCAUCAAGUGUUCCCAAAUGUGCAGCUGCUUCAAGAAGUUUAAAAACAGCCAUUUUCAUGGAGACCUAGUAUGUGUCUGAACCCUCAUAACAGUGAAUCAAAUGGUUGAUAUUACCCUUUUCUUCAGUUCAACUUUAUUUUCUUCCCUUGUUGCUUAUAGCAUUCUAUCAUAACGCGUUAAUUGAAACGCCUUAGACUUGUAGAUAGAUAUGGAUUCUUUUAUAGAUAAGAUAAUGAUGUUGUAAGACGCUAGAGAUACAUGCAUUAUCUUUUUGAUGGCAGCUACAUAUAGAAAUCGUUUCAAUAGUGAGUUCAUUAGUUUUUUAUGUUCAUUCAUUAUACCUGUUCCCCCAGACUUUGUAAUAAACAAUGGAACUGAUGCAUAGAACUGGAUAAACCCAGAACAUGAAUCCUUUGGUGAUGAAUUUGUCAUUGAAUUCCAUCUCUUGAAUCGGUAUUAAUGAA